CAUCGCAGCAACAAAAACGCGCGAACAACUGGCGCAAGCGAACACAACACAUAGUUUUGUUUGCUGAACGCACGUAGUUAACGCCCUCGAUUACUUUAUAUAAAUAAACAAUAAUCAUUGCAACAACAUGAUGUGUGAGGAUCAACUCAUGUCUGUGGAUGCAACACCGAUUAAAGGCGCAGGCAGCCUUAAUUCCUCCGGCUCGUCCAUUUCAAUGGACGCAAAACCGCUGAACAGUUGGGCCCAAGAGGUUCGCGCCGAGCUGGGACACAGCGACGAGGCUUCGUCGUCGUUCAACAGCAGCGCCGGCAGUGCAGCUGCACAAGCAAAGCGUGAAAUGGCCUUUGAAUUUCUAGAUGGCAGCAAUGAGGAAAAGUUUGAGCGUCUGGUGAAGGAGGAGAAACUAAAGACACCCUUUAAGCGGCGUCAUUCCCAAACGCCGCCCACACAAAGCACUGAAAAUAGUCGCUCCAACAGUCCAAAUAGCAGCACAUCAUCAGCUCAGAAUGAUGUCAAUCCACGUCCCAAAGCGCAACUCUUCAAAGGUCACAAGGAGGAAAAGCGUGUGCGACACAAUAGUUAUACCUCGUCCACUUCAUCAUCCUCCUCGUACACCGAGUCAGAUCCAGAAAUACUAUCGCGCCGCCAGAAGCAGAUAGACUAUGGCAAAAACACGGCUGCCUAUGAAAGAUAUAUUGAGAAUGUGCCCAAAAAUGAACGUACUCGCGAGCAUCCCAGAACCCCCAACAAAUAUGGCAAGUACAGCCGUCGAGCCUUUGAUGGACUGGUAAAGAUCUGGCGCAAGCAGCUGCACAUUUACGAUCCGCCCACAGCGAAGAAUUCGCGUACUUGCGAAGCUGAUUCGGACUCUGACUCGGAUUAGAGAUGUUUUAUUAAAACACGGGGCGCGUUUCUCGGGGGACAAUAAUUGAAACGAUGGUACAAACUCGGGCAAAGUUGAAGUAAAGAACAUAUACAUAUA